CCAACCUCUCGUGUUCUGCUGAGACCUGCUGCUGUCGUUGUGUAAAGUAAUAGAAACCUCGGGGACAAACACUGCUCGGGACUUUGGUAUUUUGAAAAGGCGAACAUGGGAUUAAACUAUUUCGUCUCCUUCUCCUGCUCCUUUUCGGUACGGGGCGUAAUCUUGGCGCAGACUGACGCACCUGGCCAAACUUGCGAGAGCAGAAACGGAACAAGCUGUGAGCAGUGCUUGACUAAUGUGACUUGUCUGUGGUGUAUAAAGACCCAGUUAUGUUUGACGUACCCUGUCCAAUCUAUCCUGCCCCCCAGCAGCCUGUGUCCGCUGAACGAGGCUCGCUGGGGUCUCUGCUCAAUCAACUUCCAAAUCCUGAUCAUUACGAUGUCUGUGGUGGCCGGGGCACUCAUCAUUGCCUUCUUCGUCUGCCUCUUCUGCUGCUGCAAGUGUGAGAACUGUGGAUCCUCGGUGUUUGAGCAUAGCAUGCAGCGGAAGGAGGCAAAGAGGAAGAUCAAACAGGAGAACCGGAAAUCUGAAAUGAGGGCCAGACAUGAUGAAAUUCGGAAGAAAUAUGGUCUUAGCAGGGCAAGCCCUUACUCUCGGUUUGAGAACCCUCCUUAAAGUGAGCUCACAGUGGUCAUUGCGCAUCCUGCCACUGGGCCCUCAGACCCCGUGACCAAUCAUCUUUUGUCUGUCCGUCUUCCUGAACUCGCAAUCUCAGAAUAUGAUGGGGUGUAUUGUGCCACCACAUCAUUAGAUAUUUUUGCACCAUAAGCCACUGCUAGAGAAAUAGUUUACUUGAAACUGAUUUUGUGAUUGUGUGUGUGUGUACUUAACAUCAUGGCUGUAUAAACUUUAAAAGGCUUAGUGAAUUUUCUUAUCUGGGAGUUUUUAUCUAAUUGACCUCCAGUGCUUAUCUGGGAGUUUUCUGCAAACUUUAAUGUUUAUUUAUGUUGAUCAGUGUGUGAAGCUUAGUAGUUAGAACAAAAAAUAUUAAAUGGUAUUAAACAAAAUAAAAGUUUUUAUAUUAAAUUUAAAGCA